AUGGAUGGCAUCAUACAGAGGACACUAAUUAUCAUUUUAAUUGUGGAGUUCAUAACAGGAAAUGUAUUAAAUGCAUUUGUGGCUCUGGUGAACUGCAUGGACUGGGCCAAGAGAAGAAAAAUCUCUGUGGUGGAUCAAAUUCUCACUGCUCUGGCUAUAUCCAGAAUUGGUCUGCUCUGGUCGGUAUUCACAGGCAUAGUAAUAGUUGUUCUGUACCCAAGUUUACUGCUGGUUGAAAAUUUUAUGAUUAUGAUCCACAUCACCUGGACAGCAACCAGCCAUUUUACCCUCUGGCUUGCUACCUGCCUCAGCAUUUUUUAUUUUUUUAAGAUCGCCAAUUUUUCUAACUCUCUAUUUCUUUAUCUUAAAUGGAGAGUUAAAAGAGUAGUUUCCAUGACUCUGCUGAUGUCUCUGAUCCCACUGUGUGUAAAUAUUUUUUCAUGGAAGACAAAUAAUUAUAUCUGCUUUGAGGGAUUUAAAAGUAACGUGUCCUGUUCUUCUAGUUUGAAUAAUUUUACAAAAUCUUACAGGUUUCUCUUAAUUCUUAACACCACUUUAGUUUCUGUGCCCUUCACCAUGUGCCUCACAACAUUUCUUUUGCUCAUCUCCUCCCUCUGGAAACAUCACAAGAAGAUACAGCACAAUGCCCAAGGAUGCCGAGAUGCUGGCACAACUGCCCAUGUCAAAGCCUUGAGAGUCAUCAUUGCCUCUCUUCUUCUGUAUUUCAUUUUCUUUCUGUCUCAGGUUGUACAACUGUGGAGCUCUGUGAUGCUGAAAAAAACUUUGACCAUCCUGUCCUGCCAGGCUGCUGGAGUCUCUUUUCCUUCUCUCCACUCCUGUGUCCUGAUCCUUGGGAACACUAAGCUGAGACAGGCUUCACUUUAUGUAUGGUGGUGGCUGAGGUGCAGGGCCAAAGAUGUCGAACCCUCAGGUCCCUAA